CUUAAAUGGGCUAGGCCAGGAUCCGCUUUGUUACCAAUGCUCCCCGACAACGACGACCCACCAGCGACAGCGGAGCAUCGUCAUCGGGUUCGCCGAAAUUCCCCAACUCGCGUCGCCACUUGCCGGUGUCAUCCCGCUCGCCGUCGACGACCCCAAGUCCCCAACCCCGGCGGGCGAGGCCAAGCGAACGAUGGCUGGGUCCGAGGCGGAGCAGGACCAGGAGCAGAAGCGUGCGGCGGCGGCGGCGGCGUACGACUACGAGGGCGACGCGCGGUGGGCGGACUACUGGUCCAACGUCCUGGUGCCGCCGCACCUCGCCUCCCGCCCCGACGUCAUCGACCACUUCAAGCGCAAGUUCUACCAACGGUACAUCGAUCAUGACUUGGUGGUUGAGCCGAUGUCAUCUACUGGUUCCACUCUGCCCACCAAGCCAGAAGCAAGGUCUUCAUCUUCAACAUCCAGCGAGAAUGUCAGGGUUCGUAAUUCAGGAUCUAGUUCCAGAUCAGCGCCACCGCCACCACCAACUGCAACACAAACAGACAGGGCUGCAAACCCUUUACGGUUCGAUGCACGGACUAUCCAUUUCUCCAUUAAUGCCUGGGUACUCAUAGUUGCUGCUCUGGGAAUGCUUCCAAUUUUGCCAAAACACCUUGCAGACAGAGCUUGCAAACUUUCAUUGCUGGGAACAACAUUCUCCUCAGGAUAUUCUCUAUACAGUACUUAUGGGAAACCAAGAGCAUGGAACAUGCCAGCAAUUCAGGGUUGGUUGCAAUCUGUACUUGGAACCAAGGAUUUUAUCCAUUUGAUGUUCUCUUCUAUGCUCUUCAUGUCUCAACUGCACUUAAAGAUUGCCGCACUACCUGUGCUUUGCUGGGCACUCGAUCAUGUUGCCAGAUUUCUAAGGCGUAAUUUUGCCCGUUCCUCUUUUUAUAGGAGAUACUUGGAAGAUCCUUGUCUUUGGGUAGAGACAAAUAACACUACACUGAGCCUCCUUAGUUCAAAUGCUGAAAUUGCCCUAGGCUUUCUUCUGAUCAUAUCACUGUUCUCGUGGCAGCGUAGCAUUAUCCAGACAUUCAUGUACUGGCAGGUGUUGAAGCUGUUGUACCAUGCUCCUGUAACAUCUAGCUAUCACCAGAGUGCCUGGGCGAAAAUUGGCAGGAUCGUAAAUCCAUACAUACAUCGCUAUGCCCCUUUCCUCCAGACGCCCAUUUCCGCAAUCCAAAGGUGGUGGUUCAGGUAGAAAGACGGGGAAAUGAUACCUGCUGCUAAAUAUUGAGGCUCUCCGAUGGUUCCAGACCAUUACACAAAGCCUAGCACUUUGUUGCUUUCUUCUGUAGUGCAGCUAUGCACUAUAACCCUUGCAGGUAGUGACUUUGUACAAUGGUUAAUACCUCAGACUUGUUGAAGGGGGCGAAUCAUAAACUCUGAAAGGUGCUGUUUGCCUGUAACCUCUGAAAGGUGUACCUUAAUCAUGGAUCACGAGGCUGAAUUAUAAUUCCUGCCUGAUUAGGCGAACUCUA